GACAGACUUUCCUCACACGAAUAUAUAUAAAGAGUCACGCAAGAGAUCUUACUUCGCGCUCUAGGGAGUGAAGCAUUCAAGAUCGGUUAGUCCAUCUUCUCGCUAGCUCUGCAAAGUCAACAGCCAUGAAGACCUUGUCAGUGACCGUGACGUUGGUCCUGCUGGUAGUUCUGCUGGUCCCGGACUCCCAGGGUUGGUUCUGGAGCCGCCGGCGCCGGAGCUGUUCCCGUGUGGACUGUGCCUGGGGCGGCUGGGGCGACUGGUCCCAGUGUACCGCUACAUGCGGCGCCCAGGGCACCCAGGAGCGCACCCGGGCCAUCGCUCGUGGGGCCAGCUGCGGCGGGUACGCGUGUACCGGGGACAGUGUGGAGAGGCGAGCCUGUAACCAGAUCUGCUACAACGAGGGACAAGUCACCUCCUCAGGCUGCAGCUGCGCGGAGGGAUUCCACGGAGAAUGCUGUGAAACGCGCGUGACCUGUCCCGACGUUUCGAACCCCGACAACGGUUACAAGAGGGACAGGUCCAACCAGCAUAGCUAUGGAGACUCCGUCACCUUCGAGUGCAACUCUGGGUACGAGAUUGCCGGUGCCACCACCAGCCGCACCUGCCAGGCCGACGGAACCUGGAGCGGAGAGGAGAUCGUCUGUCAGCGGGUGACCUGUCCGUCCAUUACCAACCCCACCAGCGGGUUCCGCCAUGACCGUGCCCUGCUCCACUACUACGAGGACACGGUCAGCUUCGACUGCAACGCCGGCUACGAACUGCGGGGAAGCCGCACGAGGACCUGCCAGGCCGACAGGUCAUGGAGCGGGGAGGAUCCCAACUGCCACAGGAUUUGCUGCAACAGCUCCCUUGAGAUAGAGAACGGCCAGGUCACUCCUUUGUCAGAUUACUGCUCUGGGAACGUCAUCGAAUUCUCCUGCAGCCCUGGGUACGAGCUGGCUGGUGACUUCUCUGCUGUCUGCCAAGACGACAGGUCUUGGUCCGCGCCGUUGCCUACCUGUCACCGUAUCUCUUGCGGUGACCCAGGUCACAUCCGCCACGCCACCCGGAACAUCGAGGGGACGCUGUACCAAGACAUGGUCACAUUCACCUGCAAUACCGGCUUUAACCUCCAGGGGGAUCAAGUCAUUGUAUGUGGCUCCGAUGGCGAAUGGCACGGCGAACCUGUAUGCGAACCUGACGGGGAGUGUAGCUGUGACUCCCUCCCCACCCCCGCGGGAGGGUCUGUCCGCUGCAUGACCGCCACCCACUUCGACGGCACCUCCACGUCCAACGUCGAGAAGGCGUUCCUGAGCUGCGACUCUCCGACCGUCUACCCCACCACUGACGACCUGUACGACUGCGGCGCCAGUACCGGCUACCUGUGGCAGAUUCGGGCUUAUGCACAUUCCAGGAACGGCUUUGAGACCACCUACACCCUUGCCAACGUGUUGGACUGUCAAUCCCAGUCAGAAGUCACCGCCGCGCUGGACGUAGGCGGACUGCUGAUCAGGACUAACACCGCGGCUGAUGGAGAAGCUGUGGAGGACGCCCUCAGGGACAGGCUGGCGACCCUGACUACGUUCUGCCAGGCACCCUGUCAUGUUGGCGACAUCACUUUCGAGGUCUUGUCCAACCUGAACCACACCGGUGCUGCCCAGGCCGCUGAGAUCGACGUCACCAUCGAGAUCUACAUCGUGGACAACACCGGGGUGGAGUGGACUAACAGCUCCAUCCCCCUGCACAUCAGCCAGCAGCUAACCAACAAUGCCGACGCCCUGAGGCAGCUGGUCCAGUCAAGACAGGUGACCAUGAACGUGGACGGAGUCCAAAUGACCCUGGAGGACAACGGGAUCAGCACACAGGUGACCACUGUCGGAUGUCCGGAGGGACACGAGAUGAAGAAUGGACACUGCUAUAUCUGCCCAGCCGGUACGUACCACAACCGUGCCAUGAACGAGUGCCAGGUGUGCCCGUUCGGUUAUUACACCGCCGAACCAGGACAGACCAGGGGCUGUAACAUCUGCCCUAACGGUACCACCACCUACGGACUGGGCGCGACCGAAUGUCACGCCUACAUGGAUUGCUACUGUAUGGACGGACAGCACCCGUGCACACACGACCCUGACAACGGCUGGGUGUGCCACUGUCCGGUCGGGUACGAGUUGCAAGAGGAUGAGUGCAUUGUGGCCUGCCCGUCCGAUGCCACUCGCCACGGUGACGCCUGUUACAAGAUGGGAGGCUUCAGAUCUAUGACCUACAGUAUGGCUUCGCAAAUGUGCCGCUUCGACGGAGGUGAGCUGGCCCGCGUGAUGGACCAGGCCACCGCCGACUUCAUCAAGGACCUCGCGGGCGGAUCGGACACGUGGAUCGGACUGGACGACUCCACCACCGAGGGAGAGUACCACUGGCUCGCCGACUCCUCCGCCCUGGGAGACUUCGCCCCGUGGGCUGAAGGCCAACCCAGCGAUCCUUUCGGCAUGGACGACUGUGUGAAGCUGACCGCCGAUGGCCACUUCAGCGCGGCGCCCUGUUACUCCUUCAUGCAGUACGUCUGCGAGUUCCAGUAAAAACCUGCCCGACUGUUGACGACCUCUGGAGAUCUCUAGAACAACAAGCCCGGCCCUGUCUUUAUGUUCUUUGUGUUAAUUAAUGAAAUCAAUUCUAGCACACCCACCUUUACGUCACUUGUGCAUCAUUAUAAGACAACGGACUGUUAGAAGUUCUGUUUAAAAGCACUGGUGGGUAAAAUCAGCACAUCCUAAUAAUGGAAUGGAAUAAAGAUGCAGCAGAA